AUUCUGAAGUGCACAGUUUGAUAUGAAACCAUCCUCCUUAAUGUGUAGGUUUGAAUUCUUCUUUAAUCUACUCUUCUUCAGAAACACUUUUCUCUCCUCUCAUUUUUGUCAGAAACUCUUCGUCUUGUGAGAGAUGAAUGUGUCAUCUGCCAACGUGACAGUGUUUGUUUGGACUCAGAGCUUCUUGACUGAAGCCGUGACUAAAAAUGUGAUCAUCAUCUGUCUGGGAAUCUCCAUCAACUACAUCAAUGCCAGCCUCUUUCACACCUUCAGAAGACACCAGGUCUUCUACAAGAACCCUCGAUACAUCCUGUUCAUUCACCUGGUGGUCAAUGACAUGAUCCAGUUGACACUCACAAUCAGCCUCUUUGUCAUCAGCUACGCUGUCUACACAAUUCCCGUCCCCGUCUGCUGGGUCCUCAUGCUGCUGACUCUCAUCACCACUGAGAACACCCCUCUGAUCCUGGCAUGCAUGGCGGUGGAGUGCUACAUCGCCAUCUGCAUGCCGCUCCGCCACAUGCAGAUCUGCACCAUCAGGAGAACGUUGAUGUUGAUCAUUUUAAUCUGGAUUACGAGCAUUUUUUCUGUUCUUCCUGAUCUCUUCAUCACUUUGGCCAUAGAGCCGCUGGACUUCUUCAGCUCCCGGGUGUACUGCUUAAGGGAAAUAGCCUUCCCAAGUCCUGUCAUCGUGAAGAAAGAAGAGGUCAUGUAUUCACUGUUUCUCAUCACAGUUUGGAGUACAAUCUUCUACACUUACUUUAAGAUCCUCUGCACUGCAAAAGCAGUGAGCAAAGAUGCUAAAAGGGCCAGAAACACCAUCCUGCUGCACGGCUUCCAGCUGCUGCUGUGCAUGGGCACGUACGUAGGCCCAUUAUUACAUCUUCUAAGGAAGUGGUCUCCUCAGGAUUAUAAGGCCAAUCUCUUUGUGUUUUAUAUUACUGUGCAGAUCCUUCCCAGAUCCCUCAGUCCAAUUAUCUAUGGCAUACGAGACAACACAUUCAGGAGCUACCUGAAGAGGUAUCUGUUUAGUAAAGUCACCUGAUCCUCAGACACCUUUCAAAGAAAAGCUUGUCAAUAAAAAAACUUUGAACAAC